GUGUGCUACAAAAGUGCCGAGUGAAAAAUAAGAAGACAGAUAAUUUAUUAUAUAAAAGGAUAAGCUUUACAGGACACUAUAAAAUUAAUACUGAAAGUACAUUGUGAAGCUAACAUGCAAGACUUUGUGGAGAAAAUGUUUACCUACGCUGCGCUAACACUGCUCUUAGUACUCACUACUAAUGCCAGUCCACUCUACCAACAAUACGGCAAAUAUGGCAAAUUAAUUAUUGAUCCAUUGCUCGCUUCAGCAACUGAUGAGAUGCCGAUGGUGCAGAGCAAUAACUUUGACACGGUCAUGGCCGAUGACAAAUUUCCCAUGGAAUCAAUGCAAUAUCAGAAUUUCGCAAGUUUCCAUGAACCGCGUAUGGCGUUAGAUUCCGACUUUAAUAUGGACGAAACGCAAUUUCUGCCGAAGAACACACCACCGCGUGCACCGCAGGGCCUAUCCAAGCAGGAGCGUGAAAUACGACAACGCAUCGAGGUGGCCGAUCCGAAAUUGGAGAAAAAGAAGAUGCUGAAGUUGAAAAAGGGUGCCUCUGUGCCACGUGGCGCAGACGCCUAUGCAUGGGAGCAGUUCGAUUAUGAUUUAUAUAGCGUAAAUCCGGCAAAUCAAAAGAAAUUUUAG